AUGACGAGAAUGGAGCAUCUAAGUCUGUUUACCAGCUGUCUGCUUCUGUUUGUUUUCAGCAUCUUGCAAAGUGCAUCAGGUUUGAUAAUGUCUUCCUGCUUCGGCACCAACAAGUCCCUUGACAUUGACUGUGGAGCAGGCUUCAUGGUCCACAUUACCAGAACCUUCUACGGCUUCAGUCCUACUGGUCAGUGCCGGAUGGUAGAUGGAGAGGCUGGAGCUGGAUGUACUGCAGAUGACCAGGUUAACUAUGCCUGUGUUGGUCAAAGGUCCUGCAACAUCAACCUGCCUACUGGUCAGUGGGGAAUUAAUGUGCCGGCCUGUGGCCAGCGGAGCAACUAUUACCAAGUGGAAUACACAUGUGUUUUAGCAAGCUCUGUCAGUGACAUCUGCCAGCAAGGACAACUGACAGCACAGAGUGGUUAUAUCAUGACCCCACGAUACCCAGCCAGCUAUAACCGAAAGGGUGAUUGUUCUACCACUAUAGUGGCCCAUCCAUCCCAGAAGAUUAGUCUACACAUUAUUGACAUGGAUCUGGAAGCUAUUGGUAGGAUGGAUUGCGCUGACCUCUUGUACUUCAACGAUAAGUUACGAAGCAUUACUCUGUGUGGUCAGAGAACUAACUAUAGCUACAGCAUGCACUCAAACAACCUUCACAUUGAGCUCCGGUCAAACAGCGGACGCAGCAAAGGGUUCUGGCUGUAUUAUGAAGCUCUACCUCCUCUGCCCACCUCCCUGCUGCCCCCGGUCGUGGAGGAGAACAUUGUCAAUGCAAAUCUCCCCUCCGAGGAUAAAGUCAGUUUCCAGAGGCAAGAAAAUGGUGGAGAGCAGGCAGACGACAGUGACAAGGGCAGCGACUCCAUCAUUAUGACAACUCUGGGGUACAAGUACAGGAGUACUGUACCUUUGUACAGGAGCUCUAACAGUUCAGGAAAACAGUUGCCUUUUGCUGCUAUAGCCGGCGGAGUUAUUGGCACCUUGAGUCUUGUACUGAUCAUCUUGUUGCUGCUUCUGUUUAUCAAAUGGUGCAAGGAGAGAAGAUACUAUAAAGCUGAGAAAAUUCUAGAAAUCAGGAACCCAGCAUUUCGAAGCAGUGGAGACUUUCAUGAGAAUCAGGAAGGCAAUGCCUACUAUUGCUGA